UUUUUUUUUUUAAUCCCCGCACCAAGCGCUUAACCUCAUUGGGGUGGAGGAGAAGGCGGCGGCCGUCUGGUCUGCAGGGGCAACAGGAGCGACUAAUACGGCUCACAGGUUAUUCUUCCUGCAUGGAAGGUCACUGGGCUGCCUUGGGGGAAAGUCUGCUUCCAGCAUCCGGCAGCAUCUGGAGAGGCCUCUUCACUGGUCAGGAAGGAUGUAGAGAUGCAAGCUUCCCACUAAGGUUUCCAUGAGGAAAAUAUGAAGAGUAGAGGAAAUUAUUAAGAAGUAGGAGAAUGGACUGCUGAAUUAUGAAGUAUUCCAGACCCAGGAGGAGAACAUCACUCUGCCACUCACUCCCUUCUCCCCUACUAGUUAUUUAAAUUGGACUUUUAAUAUCCUACCAGCUGCUCUUCAGACACACAUGGUGCAUUGUUGCCAUUCCCCAGAUUGCAUCUCUGAAACACAGGCUCUUAGUAACCUUCAGCAAACAAAGAGGCCGCCUCCCGGGGACGCUUGCUGGGAGGGUGUCACCCUGACUGCCCUCUAGCUUCGGCUGGCUCUGGAUUGGAAUUCCACCAUGGAGCCUCGCAUGGAGGCCUGCCUGGCACAGGUGCUGCAGAAGGAUGUGGGGAAGCGACUGCAGGUUGGCCAAGAACUGAUAGACUAUUUCUCAGACAAACAGAAGUCUGCCGACCUUGAGCAUGACCAGACCACAUUAGACAAGCUCGUGGACGGACUCGCUACCUUUUGGGUGAACUCCAGCAAUUACAAGGUGGUUCUCCUGGGCAUGGACAUCCUGUCCUCGCUGGUCACCCGGCUGCAGGAUCGGUUCAAGGCACAGAUCGGCACAGUGCUGCCGAGUUUAAUAGACAGACUGGGCGACGCUAAAGACUCUGUGAGGGAACAAGACCAGGCCCUGCUGCUGAAGAUCAUGGAUCAGGCUGCUAACCCCCAGUACGUGUGGGACCGGAUGCUGGGAGGCUUCAAGCACAAGAACUUCCGCACCCGGGAAGGCACGUGUCUCUGCCUGGUCGCCACACUCAACGCCUCUGGAGCACAUACCUUGACACUAAGCAAGAUUGUGCCACAUAUAUGUAACCUGCUCGGAGAUCCAAACAGCCAGGUUCGAGAUGCAGCAAUAAACAGCUUAGUGGAAAUUUACAGACAUGUAGGAGAACGUGUGAGGGCAGAUCUCAGUAAGAAAGGAUUGCCACAGUCCCGGUUGAAUGUAAUUUUUACAAAAUUUGAUGAAGUCCAAAAAUCUGGAAACAUGAUACAGUCUGCAAAUGAUAAAAAUUUUGAUGAUGAGGAUUCUGUGGAUGGUAAUAGGCCUUCUUCUGCCAGCUCUACGUCAUCCAAAGCUCCAGCAAGCUCCCGCAGAAACGUUGGAAUGGGGACUACCCGCAGGCUCGGCUCAUCCACUCUUGGAUCCAAGUCUUCAGCUGCAAAAGAGGGAGCUGGUGCUGUUGAUGAAGAGGACUUUAUUAAAGCAUUUGAUGAUGUGCCUGUAGUCCAGAUUUACUCCAGCCGAGACCUUGAGGAGUCCAUAAACAAGAUUAGGGAAAUAUUAUCUGAUGACAAGCAUGAUUGGGAGCAAAGAGUAACCGCUCUAAAAAAGAUUAGAUCUUUACUUUUGGCUGGUGCUGCUGAGUAUGAUAACUUCUUCCAACAUUUGCGUCUUUUGGACGGAGCCUUUAAACUAUCGGCUAAGGAUCUGCGCUCUCAGGUAGUGCGGGAGGCUUGUAUCACCUUGGGGCAUCUGUCAUCAGUGCUGGGGAACAAGUUUGACCAUGGAGCUGAAGCCAUUAUGCCAACGAUCUUUAAUUUAAUUCCGAACAGUGCCAAAAUUAUGGCCACCUCUGGGGUUGUAGCUGUUAGGUUAAUCAUUCGGCACACACACAUCCCUAGGCUAAUACCCAUCAUAACAAGCAACUGUACCUCCAAGUCUGUCGCCGUUAGAAGGCGCUGUUUUGAAUUUUUAGAUUUACUUUUACAAGAAUGGCAGACACAUUCACUGGAACGACACAUAUCAGUAUUAGCGGAAACAAUAAAGAAGGGAAUACAUGACGCUGAUUCGGAAGCACGGAUAGAAGCCAGAAAGUGUUACUGGGGUUUCCACAGUCACUUCAGCAGAGAAGCGGAGCACCUGUACCACACUCUGGAGCCCUCCUACCAGAGGGCUCUGCAAAGCCACCUGAAGAGCUCGGACAGCGUGGUGUCGCUGCCCCAGUCGGACCGCUCAUCCUCCAGCUCGCAGGAGAGUCUCAAUCGGCCGCUCUCCGCCAAGAGAAGCCCUACUGGCAGUGCCACCUCCAGAGCUUCCACAGUCAGCAGCAAAUCCGUGUCCACCACGGGGUCCCUGCAGCGCUCUCGAAGCGACAUAGACGUGAACGCAGCCGCCAGCGCCAAAUCCAAGGUCCCCUCGGCUCCCGGUGCAGCGCCCUUCAGCUCCGCAGCGGCCUUGCCUCCGGGCUCGUACGCCUCCUUAGAUGGCACUGCCACCAAAGCGGAGGGUCGGAUCCGCACGCGACGGCAGAGCUCUGGGAGCGCCACCAACGUCACCUCCACGCCUUCCGACAGUCGGGGCCGCAGCCGCGCCAAAGUGGUCUCACAGUCCCAGCGAUCCAGAUCUGCUAAUCCUGCUGGUGCUGGCAGCCGAUCAAGUUCCCCAGGGAAAUUGUUGGGAAGUGGUUAUAGUGGCCUUGCUGGGGGUUCCUCGAGAGGCCCACCUGCGACACCCUCUUCAGAAAAACGAAGCAAGAUUCCCAGGAGUCAGGGAUGUAGCCGAGAAACAAGUCCAAACCGCAUAGGAUUAGCACGGAGCAGCCGUAUCCCUCGACCCAGCAUGAGUCAGGGGUGCAGCCGCGAUGCCAGCCGUGAGAGCAGCCGCGAUACGAGCCCCGCUCGGGGCUUCCCUCCGCUCGCCUCUCGACGUCAUUCCAGGUCCACUAGUGCUCUUGCCACGGCUGACUCUGUUGGGCAGUCAGACCGGUUUGGGCUCGGCCAGGCAGGAAGAAUACCUGGCUCUGUGAAUGCCAUGCGGGUUCUGAGCACCAGUGCAGAUCUGGAAGCUGCUGUUGCUGAUGCUUUGCUGUUAGGAGACUCCAGGAGCAAGAAGAAGCCCGUGAGGAGGAGGUAUGAGCCGUACGGGAUGUAUUCCGACGACGACGCCAACAGCGACGCGUCCAGCGUGUGCUCCGAGCGCUCGUACAGCUCCCGGAACGGGGGCAUCCCCCACUACCUGCGCCAGACCGAGGAUGUGGCCGAGGUACUCAACCACUGCGCCAGCUCCAACUGGUCUGAGCGGAAGGAGGGGCUCCUGGGCCUGCAGAACCUGCUGAAGAGCCAGAGAACACUGAGUCGGGUGGAGUUGAAAAGAUUGUGUGAGAUUUUCACCCGAAUGUUUGCUGACCCUCACAGCAAGGUUUUCAGUAUGUUUUUGGAGACUCUUGUGGAUUUUAUAAUAAUUCAUAAGGAUGACUUGCAAGACUGGCUUUUUGUUCUUCUCACACAAUUGCUUAAGAAAAUGGGAGCAGAUUUGCUUGGAUCUGUGCAAGCGAAAGUUCAGAAGGCUCUCGAUGUCACAAGGGACUCCUUUCCAUUUGAUCAGCAAUUUAACAUUUUGAUGAGAUUUAUUGUGGAUCAAACCCAAACUCCUAACCUCAAGGUCAAAGUUGCAAUCCUGAAGUACAUCGAGUCUCUCGCUAGGCAGAUGGACCCAACAGAUUUCAUAAACUCUAGUGAGACAAGGCUUGCUGUUUCUAGAAUUAUAACCUGGACGACAGAACCAAAGAGUUCAGACGUGAGAAAGGCAGCACAGAUUGUGCUCAUCUCUCUGUUUGAAUUGAACACUCCUGAAUUUACCAUGUUACUUGGUGCCUUGCCAAAAACAUUCCAGGAUGGUGCCACCAAACUCCUGCAUAACCACCUCAAGAACUCCAGUAACACCAGUGUGGGCUCUCCGAGCAACACCAUUGGCCGGACUCCCUCUCGACAUCCCAGCAGCCGGACCAGCCCCCUGACCUCCCCUACCAACUGCUCCCAUGGGGGCCUGUCUCCAAGUCGGUUGUGGGGUUGCAGUGCCGAUGGGUGGUCGAAGCAGCCAGCUCCCUUUCCUCAGCCUAGCUCCAUCCCCACCGCUCCCUCCCACAAGACUCUCAGGCGCCCUUACUCUCCCAGCAUGCUGGACUAUGAUACCGAGAACCUGAACUCUGAAGAAAUCUAUAGUUCUUUGCGUGGAGUGACAGAAGCCAUCGAAAAGUUUAGUUUUCGAAGCCAGGAGGAUCUGAAUGAGCCCAUUAAAAGAGACGGCAGGAAGGACUGUGAUGUCGUGUCCCGCGACGGUGGCAUCACCUCCCCCGCCACCGAGGGCCGGGGCGGCAGCGACGCAGUGGAAGGAGGCCGGACGGCUCUGGACAACAAGACCUCCCUCCUCAACACCCAGCCCCCGCGUGCCUUCCCGGGGCCACGGGCGCGGGACUACAGCCCUUACCCCUACUCGGACACCAUCAGCAGCUACGACAAGACGGCCCUGAAGGAGGCUGUGUUCGACGAUGACAUGGAGCAGCUGCGAGACGUGCCCAUUGACCACUCGGACCUGGUGGCGGACCUCCUGAAAGAGCUGUCCAACCACAACGAGCGGGUGGAGGAGCGCAAGGGCGCCCUGCUGGAGCUGCUCAAGAUCGCGCGCGAGGACAGCCUGGGUGUCUGGGAGGAGCACUUCAAGACUGUCCUGCUACUGCUGCUGGAGACGCUGGGGGACAAGGACCACUCCAUCCGCGCGCUGGCACUCAGGGUGCUGCGGGAGACCUUGAGAAGCCAGCCAGCAAGGUUUAAACACUACGCGGAGCUGACGAUCAUGAAGACGCUGGAAGCCCACAAAGACUCCCACAAGGAGGUGGUGAGGGCUGCCGAGGAGGCCGCCUCCACGCUGGCCAGCUCCAUCCACCCGGAGCAGUGCAUCAAAGUGCUGUGCCCCAUCAUCCAGACGGCCGACUACCCCAUCAACCUGGCCGCCAUCAAGAUGCAGACCAAAGUCGUCGAGAGGAUCGCCAAGGAGGCCUUGCUGCAGCUCCUCGCGGACAUCAUCCCGGGCCUGCUGCAGGGUUACGACAACACCGAGAGCAGCGUGCGUAAGGCCAGCGUGUUUUGCUUAGUGGCGAUUUAUUCCGUAAUCGGAGAAGAGUUGAAACCUCACCUGGCACAGCUCACAGGCAGCAAGAUGAAGCUGCUCAACUUAUACAUAAAGAGGGCGCAGACCACGAACAGCAACAGCAGCUCCUCAUCCGAUGUCUCCACGCAUAGCUAAUGCGGCGCCAGAGUCCCCGUGUAGCCCUGGAAGCAAUCGGUGGUGCCUCUCAGAGAACUCCCCCUUCCCCCCAUCGGCUGCCCAGUCAGUACCAGGAGGCCCGCAAAUAUUUAUUACAAUCAGUAUUUUGAUCCCUUCCAGCUUUUGUGUAGAAUCAUACUGGUAUUGAAUGUAAAGGAAGCAAGGCCUGCAUCGCAUCUUCCUACAAAACAAAACAAAAGGAGUAAGAAAAGAAGAGCCAUACUUAAACCGUCUCAUCCCGCCUGCUGAGGUCGUAAAACCGUGUGUGUGGGCUGCAGUUUUUAAAAAUCGGAGCUCUCUAGCCGAUACCUGGUAGAAAGUAGCAUUUUCUCUUCAGUUAAUAAGAUUGGAGGAGGUUGGGUUAAGUUGUGUUUCUCUUUCAUCUCGGCCUCCUUGGUUUUGGAUGUGGCCUGUGUGGGGCAAAGCCCCACGCCUUCCACAACUGACACCAUGGAAGGGUUUGUACGUUGUAAGUUGUGUUUUGAGACCUACUAAGUAUAUGAAUCAAGUCUUGGCAAGAAGUGGGAGAAAAGCCUGAAGAUGGUCUUUUAACGAACAUGUAGUAAUCGUGCUCACCGUCUCCGGACCGGAGGCUGACGCCCUGCGCGGUCUCCUUCCAGGACGGGCUCCUGCCCCUCUGAACAACCCCACCGAUGCCGCCCCUGCCCCAGAGCUGCCACUUGAGGGGCUUCUUAGAGAUGAAAUCCAAACACAAAAAUCAAGGUAAAUCGACAGCCUUGGUUAGCGUGUGCUUGAAAUGGCCCUUCGUGCAGCGUCGAAGAUACCGGAGAAGCUGCUCGUUUUACUGCCGAGAUCCUGGGAAACACUAUUUAACAGCGCUUCCCCCGUGACCCUGGCCCCUGGUGGUGCAGAUUUAGGGCCCCCUCGCUUCCCUUCCCGAACCCGCGCCUGAGCGGCUCGAUUCUAAGAUGUUCUCGGUUCGUCUGGUAAAUGGCAGCUCCACCAUCUCAGUUUUGAAUUCUCUGUUUAAUUUGGGAUUGAGAUCAAAGAAAAAUCUAGAGAGACCAGGUAUCAGGAUUUUUUUUUUUUUUUUUUUUGUAAUUUUAUGGACUGAAGUACUUCCUUGAUCCUCUGCUGAGAGAAUCAUGGUUUUAAGGAAAAAGUAAUUGUAGUGUGUGGCGGAUCGCAGAAAAACAGGAUUGGAAACAGAGUUUUAGAAUCAAGUUCUUCAGUGAGAAACUUAGCCCUUUAAAAUUUCUUCUUGAGGGUUGCACUGCUUCAGUGAAAGCAACUCCGGAUCAGGACCCUGGUUAACAAAGUUUGGAGUAAAAGGCUUCAAGCCAAAUGGAAGUUCUUAAUGCGGUCAGGAAGGCGUCUGUCGUCUCUUAGAUUCCACCGUAGCCCCUGUAAACGGAACUGACUUUUCCAUAUUGUUAAUGAGGUGUUUGCUGCUCUGACGUCCAGUCCCUGCAGCUGCCAGGCUGUGUGGCUCUCACCCCAGAGCUGCACAGCCCCGAACGUAGCUUGUUUUCAUGCAGAAUCGACUUCAGAUACUUCAUGCGGAAAUAGGCACUGAAGACAGAGGUCCGGGAGCAGAGGCCGGGGCGCCUUCACUGCGUGCGUGUGCUAAGUGCGUGCGUGCACGUAGCGGGUAUCCUGCACGUGCGUGAGGGGCCGCGCUGCUGCCGUUGAGGGAAUGUCAGGGGUGCGUUUUACGUGGUCGAACGUUAUUGGCUUCUUUUCGGCUCAGAACAGCCAUUGCUGUUUGUUCUUACGUCACUCGCGGGGUCGCUUUCUUGCCCUCUACCAUCGUCAGCGUCUGAUGACUCCUCUGAAGCGGCACCUGUGUUCCGCCGGGUUAUUUCCGAGUCCUUCCUGGUGAGCGCGUGUGGAAAGGCCUCUCUCCUUCAGCUCGUGGACGCCCAGGUGGCCGCGGCCCCGCCCGCAGUCGGGAAGGACCUUGAACGUGGCCGCGCGCGUCCUCCUGGCGCUCACAAAGGGCUAGCCUUGAACGUCACUUGCCCAGCCUUGAUGUCCUGACCCAGCGGGGCCCGCCCACUCCCAACCGACAGCUGCAGCUGCCCUGCCUCGCCGCCUCCCUGCAGGCGUCGUCGUGUUUGGAUGAAACGGUAGAACACAGGCGAGCAGAGCACCCGAGCCUCGGUCCGCCUCCCGCGUUGGCCUGACUGUCCAGGGCCCCGAAAAGCCCCAACGCCACCGCCGGGGCCAGAUCGCCGGGCUCCCGCUUCCCCUCCCGCUGCUGAGGCCCCGGGGGAGGCGCGCGGCCUUCCUGGAGCCACUGCAGCCACGGGCCGCCCGCCACGGCCCCACUAGCUUCUCAGUCAUGCAGCUGCACCUGACCUGUCUCCUGAAUCUUUUUCUUGCCCUACCGCCCAUAAUUUAUCAAGCAUAAUAUUACACGUUAAAGAACAGCAAAUAAGAACUCUGUAGAAUCCCACCAGGACUUUGCUAACCAUGAUAUUUGGAGAUGAUGAAAAUGCUCUGAAAAAUGUCAGCCACCAAAAUAGUUUUGUCGGCACUGUUCACACGCAUGGUCCCCACGCCCCCAGGUUGGGUUUUUGGUUUUGGUUUUUGGUUUUUUUGGGCUUUUUCAUGUUACAUCCAUAUCUGUAUUUAUAUCUUAUUUGUUUCACUUUCAAGUGUAUCAUGGCAAAUGUACAGAUUUUUUGUUGUUGUUAAUAAUGUGCUAGGAUUUGCUAAAAAAGAAAACAAGAAAAAAAAUCCUUUUGAGUUUGCUCUAGAAUAAAUGAGACUUAAUUCAG